CUGGUUCCAGUCAGAGGUUCAUCUGACAACAAAGGUUCUGUUGGACAAAAGUCUGGUCCCAUUGAGCCUUCUGGGUUCUGGUCUUGAUGGGUUCAGGUCUGGUCCCACUGAACUAUGUGAGUUUAGUUCCUCUUGGGUUUAAGUCUCAUGAGCUCAAAUUCUGCUGGAUUCUGGUCUUGCUGUGUUUGUGUCCUAUUGGGCUCGGAUUCUUCUGGAUUUUGAUCCUGGUUCUGGCCCCACUGGAUUUCUGUCAUGGUAGGCAGUUUCUGCUGGGCUCGGUUCCAGUCCCACAGACUCCUGAGCUCUGGUCCUGUUGAGUACAGGUUCUGCAGGUCUCAGGGUCUGAUCGGCUCAGGUUCGGUCCAUGACUGCAGCCUUUCAGCAGAGAACGCGCAUCCAAAUCUCCGCGCGCGCCUGAAGGUCACGAGCGGCUUUUGGCGCUGCGGUUCAAUACCGCGCAUGCGCAGUGCCAGGGGACCGAAAUAUGGCGAGAAUGUCUGGCAGCGGGUCCUCAAAUCCGGACCGGGAGAGUCCGGAGAGGGGCGGAGAUGAGGGGGAUGAGGAGGAGGAUGAAGAUGAGAUCCUGGAGGUCCAGGUCCCCGUGGUUGAUGAGUCCAGAGGCCCAGCAGCUGUCCUGACGCAGAACAUGGACCAAGGACUUGGGGGCUCACUCAGCAGCACGGGUCUCUCUGGGUUCGGGUCCAGUGAAGACCUUCAGCGGUCAGAACCGAACAGGCUGAGUGAGAACACCCGGCUGGCCACCCGGUACGCGGUCCGGAUCUUCAGAGAGUACCUGAGUGAGAAAGCCCAGAGUCCGGACUUUGAGAGUCUGGAUAAGGACUCUCUGUGCGCGCUCCUGCGCUCCUUCUACGCGGAGGCGCGCUCCAAGAGCGGACAGGUCUACAGCAAGUCCUCCCUGAUCAGCAUCAGGAGCUCCCUGAACCGGUACCUCAACGACCCGCCCCACUGCCGGACUCUGGACCUGACCAAGGACCCGGAGCUGCGCAGCGCCAACCUGACCCUGGCCGCCGUGAUCCAGAAGCUGGAGGAGCACGGAGCCGGUCCGGUGGUCCAGAAACAAGCCAUCACCCGUUCGGACCUGCGGAGACUCUACGACUCCUCAGUGUUCGGAACCGAGACCCCGUUCGGACUGCUGAACAAGGUCUGGUUCGAGACCUGCAUGUACUUCUGCACCCGGGGCCGAGAGAACCAGCGGGAACUGGAGGAGGACUCCUUCGGUCUGGCCGUGGACCCACAAGGACGGAGGUUCAUUUAUCUCAAGGCUCUCGGACCGGACCACCAGUCCCGCUCUUCCACUUGGACCAGGAGGCGCUCCGAACCAGACCGGGACCUGCCGCGGAUGUACGAGACCGGCACAGAGCAGUGUCCGUACGCCAGCUUCGUCCGGUACCGGUCCAAACGGAACCCGCUGUGCAGGGCCUUCUUCCAGCGGCCCCGGGACCACUGCUGCCCCAGUGACGUCACGUGGUUCGAGAACAAAGCCAUCGGGAAGAACCUGCUGGGCACCAGGAUGCAGGUGUUGUCGCGCGCCGCCAAACUCUCCCAGACCUACACCAACCACUGCAUCGGAGCCGUCUCCAUAGCAACGCUCCACAGCAUCGUGGCCGCCGGCCCGGGCCACGAGCCGCACCGGGUCACCGACGGUUCCGGUCUCCUGCUGACAGUGACCAGGGUCAGAACGGACAGGGGGUCCGGAACCCCUCCCGCCAAGAAGCUGCGCCUGCGUCCCGGGAAAGUCCUGAAGCCGGAGGUCCGGACCCGGGUCCUGGAGACCUCUCAGGACGGCCGAGGCAGCAGCAGUGGAUGGAGUCAGCAGCUGGGGUCUCCUGUGGGCUCCUCUAGACUUCCCACUCCAGCCCAGCUGAAUAAAACCAACGCACCCGUUCACAUUGAUGUGGGAGGUCACAUGUACACCAGCAGCCUGGCCACACUCACCAAGUACCCCGAGUCCAGAAUUGGACAACUCUUUGAGGGAACUGAGCCCAUCGUGUUGGACAGUCUAAAGCAGCACUACUUUAUUGAUCGAGAUGGUCCCAUGUUCCGUUACAUACUGAACUUCCUCCGGACCUCCAAACUCCUCAUCCCUGAUGACUUCACGGAGUACAGCUUGCUGUAUGAGGAAGCCUUGUUCUUCCAGCUUGCUCCUCUGCAGGCCGAGCUACAGCACUGGAGGUCCGAGCAGGAGCGGAGGGGAGCAUGCAGACGGUGUGAGUGUGUCCUGCUUCAUGUGGCUUCGGAGCUCGGUGAGAGGAUCAGUAUGAGCGCCCAGAGGGCGGUGAUCCGGGAGGUUUUUCCUGAGGUCCUGUCUAACUGGGACCAGGACUCCUCCUCGUAUGUCACCCGCUUUCCGCUCAGUGGAAGCUGCCACUUCAGCUCAGUUCAGGUUCUGGAGCGCCUCCAGCUGAAAAGGUUCUGGAUCAUCAGUUCCAGUGGAGGUGGCGUGGACUCCUCUCAGUUUAAUGAAUACGUUCUCCAGAGGGAGGUCCAAGAGGACCAGCACCCCACCGCUACACGGCCCCCCGACAAUCAAACAGGAAAGCCAGGACUGAACUGAGCCCAUUUGAAAUGGGUCGACACAGAACCGGAGGUCGUAGUGAAAAAGACCUCGUCUUUAUCCUGAUGUUUGGAGUCAGGGACUUCAGGACCGGGCUCAGAUGUAAACGCAUGGGUCGCUGGUAAAUUCAGGUUCAGCACCAUGUGUUCACUUUCACUCAGGCGUCAUCGCGUUCAAGCACAGGUAGCGGCGGCCAUCUUGAACAGUGUUUAUGAGGUUUAUUCUCCUCCAGAGUCAAUAAAACUAAACGAAGAUGAGCUGUUCUAGCAGAGCGAGUUGUUGAUCGACUGUAGAGUAAGAGUGAAACUAAAACUGGAGAAAAGCCAGAGUCAGAAAUGUUUAAUUCUCUACAAUGUGCAGGAGGAGAAAAAUGUACACAUCCUGUAUCCUACUACGAACCAGGUGACAGAACAAAUAAAAACAGAAGUCACAUGACUGAAACUUAUUUAACGCACAAAUAAAAACCAACACA